AUUAAUUAGUCUUUCUUUAAUCUCCUCUUUUCCUCUAUUUUAUCCCACUCUACUUGGCAUCAAAGAGCACAAAGAAGAAGAACUAAGACAAGACAUAGAGAGAUGGAAGAGAUAAUCAUAGUAGACGAUAAAGAGAUGUACGGAGCUCUUGUGACGGCUCAAUACGCACGGUUGCAUCAUCGUCAACACUGCAGAGAGAACCAGUGUUCCUCUGUUCUCGUCAAAUACAUUCAAGCCCCUGUUCACCUCGUUUGGUCACUUGUCCGAAGAUUUGAUCAGCCGCAGAAAUACAAACCAUUUGUAAGCAGAUGUAUAGUUCAUGGCCAUCCUGAGAUCGGUAGUCUCAGAGAAGUUAAUGUUAAAUCUGGUCUUCCGGCAACAACUAGCACCGAGAGAUUAGAACAGCUUGAUGAUGAUGAACGUAUCCUCGGUAUCAACAUCAUUGGUGGUGAUCACAGACUUAAGAACUACUCUUCGAUCUUGACUGUACAUCCGGAGAUGAUCAAUGGAAGAUCAGGAACUUUGGUGAUUGAAUCUUUUGUUGUGGAUGUUCCUCAAGGCAACACCAAAGAUGACACAUGUUACUUCGUGGAAUCACUCAUUAAGUGUAACUUGAAAUCCUUGGCUUGUGUCUCUGAAAGAUUGGCUUCUCAGGACAUAACAUCAGAUACAGAGAGAAGCAUUUGA